ACACAAUAAUUCUGAUCUACUUACUCUGUUUUAAGCUGCCCAUCAAAUGUCUUCUUCUCCACCGUUUAAACCCUAAUCUUUUUAACAAGAUCAGGAUAACAAAAGGGAUGCAUAGUCUUCUUCACCUUCUUCUCAUCGCCACCGUUACGAUCUCGAUCCCUGUUGUUUUCGCCGAGAAUGAUUCGAUAUACGACGUCCUUCGAGCACACGCCUUACCGAUGGGGCUAUUACCAAAGGGCGUAGAGGAGUUCGACGUCGACGUGAAGACCGGACAGUUCUCGGUUUGGUUAAACCGAUCUUGCAAGGCCAAGUACGAGAGCGAGAUACAUUACGAAGCCAACAUCACGGGGACGAUAGGCUACGGAAGCAUCGGUGGUCUAUCGGGUAUAUCGGCGCAGGAUCUCUUCCUGUGGUUUCCGGUUAAAGGGAUCCGCGUGGACAUACCUAGCUCCGGCGUUAUAUACUUCGAUGUCGGAGUUGUUCGCAAGCGGUACUCCAUGUCUUUGUUCGAGACUCCGAAAGAUUGUGUUGCUGUUGAGAAGGAAGCUGAGUUGUUUCGUGGGGAUAAUAAGAUUCAGUCAUCUAUGUUGCAAUUCUAUGAAGUAGAUCAAAGUGUUGGAAGAGGCAUUGUGUAGCCAAAAAGAGUCGAUGGCUGUUGUAAUGAAGAUGUGUUUACAUUAUACAAGUUGGAAACUUUUAGCUGCUCAUGGAUUUUUUGAAGACACACACACACCUUCCAUUUGAGGUCAGAUACUCCUUUCUUCCCAAGUUGCUUUCAUCACUCUGUUUGAAAUGAAAAUGAGAGAGAGUCAUGUGAGCAAGUUAGAUGGGAAGAACAAGUGUUGGUGGGUUUUGUUUGAGAUGUCCAGAUUCAUCACAGGUGACUGAAUGUUUUUGUGAAUUUUUGCUUUUAUGUUUUGCACUGUCAUGCAUCUCUAUUCUCCCUGUAAUAUAAUAUACUUAUAAUCUAUUGUAUGAUAUGCAUGUCCAUUUUGUAAUCAUAUUCUUUUAUCCCAAUAAGAUUUUGUAUAGUUUGCAAUACAUUUGUUUUCGAAUAUCA